AAUCAGCUCGGGCAGGAGGGUAGCGAGCAUGUGGCGGCAUGCUUGCAGGUCAACCAGCAUGUGACGCGGCUUAACAUGGGAGGAAACAAGAUCGGAGACGACGGGCUGCGAAAGCUCGCGAGCUGCUUCUCCUCCCCCUCCUUCUCCCUCCAGCACCUCCAGCUCUAUUCCAACAACAUCUCUGAUGUGGGAGGACGCGAGUUGCUCGAGAGCCUACGGGGCAGCACCAGCCUGAGGUCCCUCGACCUCGCGGGGAACCUCCUCAGCUGCGACUGCCUGCUGGGCCCUGAGCUGGCCCUCCCCUCCCAGCUCACCAGCCUCUCGCUCGCUCACAACCUGCUGGCAGACGCAGGGGCCGAGGCGCUCGCGCGCUGCGCGCGCGAGAGCAGCAGCCUGACGAGGAUCGACGUGAGCGGCAACUUCAUGGGGGAGGAGGCGAGGGAAAGAAUUCGCGUCCUCGUCGCCCACAACGUGAGGCUGAGAGACCUC